AAUAAAAUGGAAUGGGAAUGGAGCUAUCUGUUUUUCUCUGCAAUCAUCUUGUUACCAGUUUUCAUCCUAUUUUUUUCUCAGAAAAAGAGUACUAAAUGUUCUUACAAAUUACCUCCAGGACCACCUGGAUUACCAAUUUUUGGUAACAUGUUUGAACUAGGAAAAGAGCCUUACAAAAAAAUGUCAGUUCUACAACAGAAAUAUGGCCCUGUUUUGGGGUUAAAACUUGGCCCCUCAACAAACAUUAUGGUUGUUCAAACAGCUCAUGCUGCUGCAGAAUUAUUUAAGAACCAUGAUACUUCCUUCGCAGAUCGACCAAUGGUCGAUGUAAAUCAGGCACAUAAUUACUAUCAAGGGUCUCUGGCUAUAGGCCGAUAUGGCUCCUUUUGGCGAUUCCAAAGGCGGAUAUGUACUGUGGAAAUGUUUGUACACAAAAAAAUCAAUGAAACAGUACCAGUAAGGCGAAAAUGUGUGGAUAAUAUGUUAAAAUGGAUAGAAAAAGCAGUGAAUUCUGCUGAAAAAGGAAGUGGAAUUGAGGUAACGCGUUUUGUAUUCCUAGCAUCGUUUAAUAUGCUAGGGAAUUUGGUUCUAUCGAAAGACUUGGCUGAUCCAGAAUCCGAGGAGGCCUCGGAUUUCUUCAAUGCUAUGAAGGGAAUCAUGGAGUGGUCAGGUAUUGCUAAUGUUUCUGAUAUAUUUCCGUUUCUUAGAAAGUUCGAUUUACAAAAAUUGAGGAAGAAGAUGACACGAGACAUGGGGAAGGCGAUGGAGAUCAUGUCUAUGUUACUCAAAGAACGCGAGGAAGAACGAAAGAAAGGUAUGGAGAAGAGGAAAGAUUUCUUGGAUGUGUUGCUUGAAUUCGAAGGCACUGGAAAAGAUGAACCAGCUAAAUUAUCAGAACAUGAGAUCAAAGUACUAAUAGUGGAAAUGUUUUUAGCUGGUUCAGAGACGACGAGCAGCAGUGUAGAAUGGGCACUAACAGAGCUUUUGCGUCAUCCAGAAGCAAUGUCCAAAGUGAAAACAGAGAUAUCAAAAGUAGUAGGAUUAAACAACAAGUUUGAAGAAAGUGAUAUCGAAAAUCUUCCUUAUAUGCAAGCUGUAAUCAAAGAAUCACUUCGUUUACAUCCUCCUCUGCCUUUCUUGAUCCCAAGAGAGACAAUUCAAGACACUAAGUUCAUGGGGUACGACAUAUUGAAAGGCACUCAAGUCCUCGUAAAUGCCUGGGCAAUUGGAAGAGAUCCUGAAUGUUGGGACGACCCAAUGAGUUUCAAGCCUGAGAGGUUUCUUGGCUCAAAAAUAGACGUGAAGGGUCAGCAUUAUGAGCUAAUUCCAUUUGGUGCUGGACGAAGAAUGUGUGUUGGCUUGCCUUUAGGCCAUCGAAUGAUGCAUUUCACUCUCGGAUCGUUGCUUCAUGAAUUUGAAUGGGAGCUUCCUGAUGGUAUCUCUCCUACAUCUAUCAAUAUGGAUGAAAGCAUGGGAGUAACAGCAAGAAAACGCGACUCUUUGAAAGUGAUACCAAAAAAGGCUUGACUAUUUAUCUAGUUGCAUAUUAACGACAAGAGAGAGUUGCUCGAAUGAUAAACACCUCACUUCAAACCUUAUAGAGCCAACAAGGCAACAAGUAUUUGAGACUUACUAAUUAGGUAUGUUUAUAUAUUUUUCUUUGUAAUACUACUAAGUAUUUGUAGUGCUUGUACUAAAUGUAUGUUUACUAGAUCUUUGAAUAAGAUUAUAAUUUGGAGAAA